UUUUUAUUUCAUCAAGACACUUUGCAAAGUUUGAGUUCUACCUUUUCGUUUAACGGGUUCAUAUUGUGAUUUCUCAAGCACUUUGUAAUUCAAGCACGCCGCUCACUGAGAGUAAGGUUAUCGUGAAAUGGGUUGGAAAGCAGCUGAGAAACUGAUUAGGCAUUGGAAAGUUGUGAGAGGGGAUAAUGUUAUGAUUAUAAGGGGCAAAGAUAAGGGCGAGACCGGGGUUAUUAAGCGUGUUGUUCGCUCUCAGAAUCGUGUCAUUGUUGAAGGCAAAAAUCUGGUAAAGAAGCAUAUCAAGCAAGGGCAAGGUCAUGAAGGGGGUAUCUUUACUGUUGAAGCCCCGCUUCAUGCCUCCAAUGUGCAAGUUCUUGAUCCAGUCACAGGGAAGCCUUGCAAGGUUGGAACUAAGUAUCUUGAAGAUGGUACCAAAGUCAGAGUGUCCAGGGGAAUAGGAGCUUCCGGCUCUAUUAUUCCUCGUCCUGAAAUCUUAAAAAUUAGAACUACACCAAGACCUUCCGUCGCUGGUCCCAAGGAUACUCCAAUGGAACAUGUGUAUGAGAAGACAUACGAUGCUAAAACAGGAAGGGGCAUGCCUGAACUUUAAGUAAGGAGAUAGAUCAAUUUAGUACCUUGUCUAAUUAGAUAGUUGCUAUUUCAAUGAGCAUGGUAUGGUAUCAAUCUUGUCGCAUCAUGAAUCUUUUUAAUAAUUCGCUUUCAGAUUUAUGUGAGUUUCCAAUCACUUGUUAUUUUUCAAGAUGCUACUGUCCUGCCAUUGCACCACCGUGGUAGUGUUUAACCUCCAUAUUUUUAAAUGGAUUUCUCAACUUUGAACUUCUCUAA